ACAAGCUUUCCUGAUACAAAUAAGUAAUAAUUAAAAAGUUUAAGCCAGUAAAAGAAGGAGGAAAAUAUUGUCUACAUUAAAAACGAGGAUGUUUUGAUGUACAGUUUAACUUACGACAUGAAUAAGUAUUUGGAGAAAUUGACCAAAGUAGCAGCAUGUUGCCACUGGGGAUUAGUUAUAGUUGUUGCCUAUUUUGUAUUAACUUUUCUGUCAGUGGGAUCAACGAGUGCAAUGGGAAUAUACUAUAUCUAUAUAAUGGACAAAUUUAAAGUUAACCUAACAUCAGCAACGGUGAUAGGAGCAUUGAAUACAGCAGUAGGACACUCAGGGGCCAUUAUUGCAAUGCCAUUUGUUGAAAAGUUUGGAGAGAGACCUGUUAUGAUCCUUGGAGGAGUUUUAAAUCUAAUUGGAUACAGUACGUCUAUAUUUGUGACGUCAUUCCCUUUAUUAUAUACAACAAUGGGUAUAAUUCCAGGUCUCGGAAUCUCAUUUUCAAGGGUCAGUAUGGUAAUUGCAGUUAACAGAUAUUUCCAAAAAGCUAAAAUGCUUUCCGUAUCGUUUGGAGUAGUUGGCGCUUCUGUUGGUAUGCUAUCGUUUCCACUUUUAAUAAGGUUCCUUGCAGAGUUAUAUGGAUUGAACGGUGCAUUGCUUAUUCAUGCUGGUUUGAGCUUUAAUAUAGUAGCUUGUGGGGCAGCAAUAUUUCCAUCUGAAAGAAAACAACUUAACAAAGAAAAGAGUGAGGAGGAUAAACAGAAAGUAUGUUGUAAUAAAGAGACUGUAGACUUUUCCUUUUGUCUGCAACCACCUUACAUAGCUUAUAUGAUUACAAACUUUCUAUUUAUGGCUGCAUUGUAUAUACCAAGCACUCAGAUUCCAAGACAUGCUGUGUCAAUUGGAAUAAGUGUCAAGGAUAUUUCAUUUGCAAUAGCAGUUAGUGGAAUUGGAAAUAUGUUUGGCCGAAUAUCUUUUGGCGUUCUGUCACAUUGUUGUGAGAGCCAUGUGGUAAAGUUCUGGAUAAUAUGUUUGACUUGCAGUGGGCUGAUAAUGUUAAUGGUACCGUUUUCAACAAAAGUGGAAGAAUUUAUGAUCUUCAUGAUUAUUUAUGGAUAUUUUGAAGGAGCGUCUAGUGUUGGCUGGAAUAUUAGUCUUUUUAACCUUAUCAAGCUUAAGUACUACGAAAGAGGAAUCAGCAUAGCUUACUUUGUAGCUGGAAUAGGACUUGCAGUAGGAAGUCCUUUUACAGCGUUCCUGAGCGAACACUUUGGUUCAAAUGGGAUAUCAUACUAUAUUGGAUGUGGAAUGUUUGUUUUAGGUGCUUUUAUAAUGAUUCCAUUUGCGUCAAUAUCAGCCAAAACAUAUAGCGUGUUUCCGCCAUCAAAAAAACAAAAUGAACCUAACUCAUCUGUAUAUGGGUCAUUUUCAAAAAAUUAAAAUUGCAAAAUUGAAUAAAAGUUACUAGUUUAAACCACCCUCUUCAUAAGCAAAUCAGUACAAACAAUACUUUUGGAACAAUAUAUUU